AAUAAGGGCAAGAAAGAUAUUUUAUCUAAUUAUUCAUAGGGUGAAAAAAAAAAAUUGGUUUAUUACCGGUAAGGUUCUUUUUUUUUUUUUUUAAAACACAAUUGUUAAGAGUCCUUAAUCCAACGAAUUUGGUCAUGUUUAUUUUUGAGUUUAGAUAACACCGUUUAAGCCCACAAUUAGCGUAAAGUGGAAUUUUGAUCAAAAAUCUACUUUUUAAUUUGCAUUCUCUUCUUCUCCCCCCAGAAGCAUAUUAACCCCCCUUCAAUAAUGGCAGCCAACCGUCACCAACAAUUUUUGGAAUCCAUCAAAUAUCUUGCUGUUCUUUCUAAUUUCCCCCAAAUCGAUUUCUCAAUUAGGGUUCCUUCAUUUUCCAUUCCCCUUUCCUCUGCUGAAUUGCUUCCUCGUUAGCCUUGCAAUUUCUGUUUCAAUUUUUCUGGGUUUUCGAUUUUUCCCCAAUUGAUAGUUUUUCACCGGGGGCAAAACCCUAAUUUUUUGAUUUAAAAUUCUGUUGUGAAUUCGAGUUUGAUUUUUUUUUUUUUUCAAUUGUUUUGAUUUUGUCGACGAAUCCUAAACCUUAAUACCAGUACAGUUAAAUUCAUUUUCGUGUUGAAUAGAGAUGAAGCAAUCAAAGAGGAAGAAGAGAAGAGAGCAGCCUUCAAAGCAGCAAAAUAUCAGUAUUUCUGGAAAUACCAAAAAAAUCAAUGCUGAGAGUGAGGAAGAAAAGAUCAUAGUUAGUUUGAUGGAAGCAUUUUCAUUGACUUCUGUUGAAGAAGCUGAAGCAGCUUAUAAGGAAGCUAAUGGUGAUCCAAAUAAAGCUGCUGAAAUUCUAUGUAGUUUAUCUGAAAGUUCCGAGGUUUUUCAAGAUCGUUGUUCUAAUUCAUCCAUAAGUUUUGGAUUGGAUUCAAAUUCGAAUUCGUCGGAGGGACUCCCAGAACCGAGCAGUUCUUCUGAUAGCAAUAGGACUAGGAGUUCUAGGGGGAGUAGAGGUAAAAAGAUGGUGGCUACUACAGGAACGGUUUCGACGGUUCUCGGGAAGGAUUAUGUAACCUCGAGCUCGAGAAAGGAUCUUGUGAAGGAAAAAGGAUUGGGUGGUGCCAGGCCUAAUAUGGAGGCGGCAGAGCAAUUUCUCUGCUCUAUGCUCGGAGACGACUGUGAACUCAACAUGGGUGUUAUUAGAGAUGUGCUAUGUAAUUGUGGGUUUGAUGUUGAGAAGGCACUGGAGGUGUUGCUUGAUCUAUCUGCACCUUAUUGUGAAUCAUCUGGCAGUGAUAAAUAUUCUAGCUCUAGUUCAAGCAGUGCCGAAUAUUCAAGAAAUUUAGAUUGUAUUGAUGGUUUUUGGCAACAGACUGAUAGGGGAUCUGAUUCAAAUUCUUAUUCCUCUGAAGGUGACUUUCAGGAUAAUUUACGGCUCCUUGAUUUUAAUGGCAGGAGUUAUGCAGAAGCUCUUGCCUGUUCUGAUCAUUCAAGUAAUCCAGCUGCAGCAAGUUCGAGAUCUGAUGGACCUGAGCUACCACGACAAGUUUUAGAAUCAUUGUUUCAUAUCCUUAAGAAUUCGGAGCAAGAUCCAUCUACCAUGAACUGGAGGAAUGUUGCUAAACAAAUGGAGUCUUUUGCGCAGAAGCGAGUUCAACUUGGUCCUUCUAGCUUUAUUGCACGAGAAUUGAACACCCAAGCAAAAGGAGCUGAAUAUCUGGUGUUUAGGGAAACAGCACGACAGGAAUGGGAUAAAAUGAAAACCUGUUACCAAAAGGCUGCUGCUGCAUAUUCCAAUGGUGAAAAGAACUAUGCUUCUUACAUGUCAGAGCAGGGUAAAUUGUGCAGUAAAAUGGCUCGAGAAGCAGAUGAAAAAGCAAGCAUGCAAAUUUUUAAGGCCAGGAAUAAGGGAAUAGAAAAUGUUUUGACAAUUGAUUUGCAUGGGCAACAUGUUAAGCCAGCUAUGAGGCUUGUAAAGCUUCAUCUUCUAUUUGGAACAUACAUAUCUUCUGUGCAAUAUAUCCGGAUAAUUACAGGAUGUGGGUCAAGUGGUCUUGGAAAGUCAAUGCUGAAACAAUCGGUGGUUAACCUUCUCAAGAACGAAGGAAUUGAGUGGAAGGAAGAGAACCAAGGUACAGUGCUUAUAAGACUUGAUGGACCAAGAGAGUUCAGUUUUCUGGAUUCUGGAAAUGACAGUGAGUCUGAUUAGAUUUACUAGUGCAGAUUUGUAUAAAUUAACUGUAGCUUGUUGCUAGAAUCUAUAGAGGAUGGACUCACCUGGCAAAUGCUUGAUGUGAGAUAGAACAUGUAUUUAUCAUAUGGGAUGGCAGGAAAAUAGAGGAAUUUCAUACAUUAAGGGAUUGAUUUCAUUUUCCAGCUAUCCAGCUUUUGUAAUUCUUGUACAAAUUUAUUUGGUUAAUGAUAAUAAAUUCUGGGAUC